GGCCAAUUUUCGGCUGCACGGCUCCAGUGACGGCAAUGGAUCCUCGACAUGCAUGGUUCGUUCGCCUGAAGGAGGCCCUGGACGACUCCCUCAAGCAUGUGACCCUGACGGUCCAGCCGUCGCGCGCGUGUUUGCGUGGACGCAAUCCGUUCACGGUAUACCAUUACACGAUUUCAAAACCAGGGUUUCGAUGGGCCGUCGAUCGUCGCUACUCUGAGUGCCAUCACCUGCGAAAAGACCUGCUUCGGCACUUUCGGCGAACCAGUCAGUCUACUCUCGCCUCGUUUCUCGCCCCAAUUGCCCAUGUCGAUUUCCCCAAGAAACGGUUUGGCGAAGACACCAAGGGCGUCGUCGGCGAGCGACAACUCAAGCUGAAGAAGUUCCUCCGCGUUUGCAUGGAGGUCCGCGCGACUCUGAUGGCAUAUGUCGUCGUUUAUCAGCAUCGAUCGGCAAGUGUUCUCAUCGUCAUUCUCGACCACCUCGAUAUGUUUCUUGGCGUGCCACCGCAACUGUGCGAUGCUGAACGCCGCCUCAUACAAGGUUUUUUAUCGCUCCUGCAGCACCACGAAACACACGCCCCGUUGCCGAUACCGUCUUUGGAUGCAAAAGCAACGCGUCCGUCGUCUCUCGACGACUGCGCGAUCUGUCUCGGCGACUUCGACGACAACGACGCUCACGUUGUCACACUGCCGUGCAAUCACAUGUUCCACAGCGACUGCGUCUUUCCGUGGCUCGUUCGAGAUCAUUCGUGCCCACUGUGCCGCACUAGCGCAGUCGAUUACCCGUAACUCGCAUUGUGCAUGAUACCGCUGACUUGCUGUCGCAGUCGACGCACGUGAGCAUGCGCCCACUUCCGCUUCAGAAC